AUGGCAAACGUCACACCAGCAAAGCUGGACAAUAUGGAGGUGCAGCAGCAGCCACAGAACAACAACCCACGGUGGGAGACUACGGACCAUCACCACCGGCCCUGGGAUGAGACUACGGCCACGGCCAAGCUCUUUGAAUGCUCACGGAUCAAGGCGUUGGCAGACGAGCGGGAGGCUGUGCAGAAGAAGACCUUCACCAAGUGGGUGAAUUCGCACUUGGCUCUUGUCUCCUGCCGGAUCAGCGACCUCUACACAGACCUGCGUGACGGCUGCAUGCUGACGAAGCUGCUGGAAGUGCUGUCCGGGGAGCAGCUGCCCAAACCAACACGGGGCCGGAUGAGAAUCCAUUCCUUGGAAAACGUGGACAAGGCCCUGCAGUUCCUGAAGGAGCAGAGAGUCCAUCUGGAGAACGUGGGAUCCCAUGACAUUGUCGACGGGAACCACCGCCUGACUCUGGGCCUCAUCUGGACCAUCAUUCUCCGAUUCCAGAUCCAGGUGAUCAAGAUAGAGACAGAAGACAACCGGGAGACCCGCUCAGCCAAGGAUGCUCUGCUACUCUGGUGCCAAAUGAAGACUGCUGGGUACCCUGAAGUCAAUAUUCAGAACUUCACCACCAGCUGGAGAGAUGGGCUGGCAUUUAAUGCUCUCAUCCACAAACACAGGCCGGACACCAUUGAUUUCAAGAGACUCACCAAAUCGAACGCUGCCUACAACCUCCAGCAGGCCUUCAAUACGGCUGAGCAGCAGCUGGGCCUUGCCAAACUGCUGGAUCCAGAAGAUGUCCUCAUGGAGCACCCCGAUGAGAAGUCCAUCCUCACCUACGUGGUCUCCUUCUACCACUACUUCUCCAAGAUGAAGGCUCUGGCGGUGGAGGGGAAGCGGAUCGGCAAGGUGCUAGAUCAGGUCCUGGAGAUUGAGAAGAUCAUUGAGCGGUACGAGAGCCUGGCCAGCGAGCUGCUGGAGUGGAUCGCGCUCACCGUCAACGUCAUCAGCAACCAGAAGUUUGCCAACUCCCUGGCUGGGGUCCAGCAGCAGCUGCAAUCCUUCACUGCCUUCUGCACCCUGGAGAAGCCCGUCCGGUUUCAGGAGAAAGGGAACCUGGAAGUCUUGCUCUUCUCCAUCCAGAGCAAGCUGCGAGCCAACAACCGCAAGCUCUAUGUGCCGCGAGAGGGAAAGAGCAUCUCCGACAUCAACAAGGCCUGGACCGGGCUGGAGAAGGCGGAGCACGAGCGGGAGGUGGCCCUGCGCAAUGAGCUGAUCCGCCAGGAGAAACUGGAGCUGCUGGCCCAGCGCUUCGACCACAAGGCGGCCAUGCGGGAGGCCUGGCUGAACGAGAACCAGCGGCUGGUCUCCCAGGACAACUUUGGCUACGACCUGCCAGCGGUGGAAGCGGCCAUGAAGAAGCACGAGGCCAUCGAGGCGGACAUCUCAUCCUACCAAGAGCGCAUCCAGGUGGUGGUGGAGCUGGCCCAGGAGAUGGAGUCUGAGGGAUACUACGACAGCAAGCGCAUCGGCGCCCAGAGGGACAACGUCCUGCGGCAGUGGGGCCUCCUGAAGGGGCUGGUCAGCGCCCGCCGGGCCCGGCUGGAGCAGAACGUGGCCCUGCAGAAGAUCUUCCAGGAGAUGGUCUACAUGAUCGACUGGAUGGAUGAGAUGCAGGCCCAGCUGGGCUCCAAGGAGCUGGGGAAGCACCUGCUAGAAGUGGAGGACCUGCUGCAGAAGCACAGCCUGCUGGAGGCCGAUAUCUCGGCCCAGGCCGAGCGGGUGCAGGCCCUCAACACUGCUGCCCUCAAGUUCGCUGAGCUUGAAGGCUACCAGCCCUGUGACCCGCAGAUCAUCCGCAACCGGGUGAGCCACGUCCAGAGCUGCUUGGAGCAGCUGCAGCAGCUGGCCUCGAAGCGGCACAAGGAGCUGGAGGCCUCCCGCCAGCUGUGGACUUUCUUCCAGGAAGUGGAGGAAGCGGAGGCCUGGGUGCGGGAGAAGGAGCGCAUCCUGUCCUCCUCCCAGAGCUAUGGGAAGGACCUGAGCAGCGUGGCCAAGCUGCUGAGCAAGCACAACAUCUUCCUGGGGGAGCUGGGGGGGCGGCGGUCUUUGCUGCACAGCACCAUGAAGCGGGGGGAGCAGAGCCUGCUGCGGAAGCGCCUGGCCCCCAGCAACAUCCAGGAGAAGAUCCGGGAGGUGCGGCUGCGCUGGAAGCGGCUGGAGGAGUUGGCGGCCUCCCACCUCCAGAAAUUGCAGGAGGCCUCCAGCUUCUACCAGUUCAGCGCCGAGACAGACGACCUGGUGGCCUGGCUGCAGGACGCCUACCGCCUGGUGUCCAGCGAUGACUUUGGCCACGACGAGUACUCCACCCAGUCACUGGUCAAGAAGCACAAGGGGGUGGUGGAGGAGAUUGAUCAGCACCGGGCGGCUGUCCUGACCCUGCGGCAGCAGCUGGCUGCCCUGGCGCCCGACUACCACGAGCUGGUCGACGUGCAGAUCCGCAUCGUAGAGGUGGAGCAGCUGUACGGGGAGGUGGUGGAGGUGGCCGUGCUGCGGCGCCAGUGGCUGCAGGACGCGCUGGCCGUCUACCGCAUGUUCAGCGAGGUCAACGCCUGCGAGGUGUGGAUCGAUGAGAAAGAGCAGUGGCUCAACCGGAUGGACGUGCCCCAGCGGCUGGAGGAUGUCGAGGUGGUGCAGCACAGGUUUGAAAGCCUCGACCAGGAGAUGAACAGCCUGAUGGGCCGGAUCUUGGACGUCAACCAGAUCGUGCAGCAGCUGGUCGACGGGGGCCACCCCAGUGCCUCUGAAGUGCAGUCCUGCCAGGACCACCUGAACGGCAGAUGGAAUCGAGUGGUCGAGCUGGUGGAGCAGAAGAAAGACCUGCUGAACUCAAUCCUGAAGAUCCAGAACUACUUGCUGGAGUGCACCGAGAUCAAGUCCCAGAUCUGCGAGAAGCGCACGGUCGUCGAGUCCGCGCAGUACAACAGCAGCGACCUGGGCAGCGUCCUGUCCCUCCAGCGCCGCCUCUCCACCAUGGAGGCCGCUCUGGUGGUCCUGGAGCCCCGGCUGGUGGAACUGCAGCAGGAGGGGGAACUCCUGGCCAACACACACCCGGCACAGGCUGUGGAGAUCCUGAUGCACUUCGAGGAGAUCGGCGAGGAGUGGGAGGCUCUGAAGAGGACCCUGCAGGGCUGGGAGGACUCUCUGACAGUGGCCAGCAGGCUGCAGCAGUUCAUCCAGGACUUGGACGGCUUCCUGACGUGGCUGGUGAAGACGCAGGCCGCCGUGGCCACGGAGGAGCUGCCCCGGAACCUGGUGGAGGCCGAGCGGCUGCUGAACCGGCACGCCUCCCUCAAGGAGGAGAUCAACCGCUACGAGGAGGACUACGCCAAGAUCCAGGCGGUCAACGAGGUGCUGGCGCUGGAGGAGGCCGACCUGCCUUACCUCUCCCUCCAGCAGUGGCUACAGAAGCUGGACGUGGGCUGGAAUAAGCUGCUGGAGAUGUGGGGGAACCGGCGGGAAGUGCUGGUCCAGGCCCACAUAUUCUUCCUCUUUGUGCGUGACGCCAAGCAGGCAGAGAUCUGCUUGUACAACCAGGAGACCACCCUGGCCCAAUGCAAGCUGCCCACCACCGUGGAAGCUGUGGAGACAGCCAUCAAGCAGCACAAGGACUUCAUGACCACCAUGGGCCUUCACCUGCAGAAGACCACCACAGCCCUCAAGGCUGGGGAGAGCCUAAUCCGGCAGGGCAACAUCUAUGCCAACCGCGUGAAGGAGAAAAUGGAGUAUCUCCAGGCAAAGAGCCGGCAGAACCUGCAGAUGGCGCAGGAGCGGAUGGAGUGGCUGCAGGCCCACCGGGAGCUGCAGCACUUCCUGCAGGAGUGCCGUGAGCUCGAUGGCUGGGCGGCCGAGAAGAAGGUGCUGAUGGCCGGCGAGGCGUCCCUGCAGCAGCGGGCGCCCAAGCGCUGGCUCCGCCACCGGGCCUUCAUGGCCGAGCUGGCCCGCAACAAGGAGUGGCUGCGCAGGAUCGAGAAGGAGGGACAGCAGCUCAUGGAAGAAAAGCCGGAGCUGGCCGAAACCGUGAAGCAGCAGCUGGGGGAGAUCCGGCAGUGCUGGGCCGAGCUGGAGUCAGCCACUCAGGCCAAAGCCCAGCAGCUCCUGGAGGCCACGAAGGCCGACCGCUUGGUGCAGAACUACGUGGACCUCGACAAGCAGCUUCUGCGCAUGGAGAGCCAGCUGCAGGCGGUAGGGCCGGGGCCGGACCUGGCCAGCAUCAACAGCAACCUGAAGAAGCUCCAGAGCAUGGAGACGCAGGUGGAGGAGUGGUGCCAGGAAGUGGGGGAGCUGCAGGCCCAGGUGGCCGCUUUGCCCCUGGAGGCGGUCAGCAGAGAGGUGGUGGACGAGAGACAGAACACCGUGGGCACGCGCAUCGUGCGCCUCAUCGAGCCCCUCAAGGAGCGCCGGAGGAUCCUGCUGGCCUCUAAAGAGGUGCACCAAGUCAGCCAUGACUUGGAGGAUGAGAUUAUCUGGGUGCAAGACCGCCUCCCUCUAGCCCUGCUGAAAGAUCACGGCAGCAACCUGCAAACUGUCCAGCAGUUCAUCAAGAAGAACCAGAACCUACGUCGGGAGAUCCAAGCGCACAAGCCCCGCAUAGAUGACGCCCUGGAGCGGGCCAGCACCAUCGCCACCAUCAAGAGCCCGGAGCUCGACUCGGUGCGAGCGCUCCUGGAGAAGCUCUCGGAGCUGUGGGGGGCGCUCCAGGAGGGGGCAGAGCAGCGGCAGCAGCUUCUGGACGCCACCUACCAGGUGCAGCAGUACUACUUUGACGUGGCCGAGGUGGAGACGUGGCUGAGUGAGCAGGAGCUCUUCAUGAUGAACGAGGAGAAGGGCAAGGAUGAACAGAGCACCCUGCAGCUCUUGAAGAAGCACCUGGUGACGGAGCAGACCGUGGAGAACUAUGCCGAAACCAUUGCCCAGCUAUCACGGCAAUGCCGGGCGCUGCUCGAGCUGGGCCACCCUGACAGCGAGCAGAUUAGCCGGCGGCAGUCGCAGGUCGACCGGCUCUACGUCUCGCUGAAGGACCUGGUGGAGGAGCGCAAGGCCAAGCUGGAGCAGCAGUACUGGCUCUACCAGCUCAGCCGGGAGGUGGAUGAACUGGAGCACUGGAUUGCGGAGAAGGAGGUGGUGGCCGGAUCACCGGAGCUGGGACAGGACUAUGAGCAUGUGGCGCUGCUGCAGGAAAAGUUCACAGAGUUUGCCAGCGAGACGGGCAGCAUCGGCAAUGAGAGGAUCUCUGCCGUCAACCAGAUGGUGGAUGAACUGAUCGACUAUGGGCAUGCAGACGCCGCCACCAUCGCCGAGUGGAAGGAUGGCGUGAACGAGGCCUGGGCUGACCUUCUGGAGCUGAUGGAGACCCGGGCACAGCUGCUGGCCGCGUCUCACGAGUUGCACAAGUUCUUCAGCGAUUGCAAGGACGUGCUCUCGCAAAUCGAAGAGAAGAAGCAGCGCCUGCCAGAGGUGACGACUCGGGAGUCCAAGGCCUCGGCCGGCACCUUGCAGCGCAUUCUCAGCUCCUUUGAGCAUGACAUACAGGUGCUAGUGAUACAGGUGCGGCAGCUGCAGGAAGUCGCGGCCCAGCUGCGGACUGUGUAUGCGGGAGAGAAUGCGGAGGCCAUUGCGACCAAGGAGCAGGAAGUGAUGCACUCCUGGAAAGAACUCCUGAGCUCCUGCGAAGACUGCCGGCUGCAGGUCACCACCACCACUGACAAGAUCCGUUUCACCAGCAUGGUGCGGGACCUCAUCUCCUGGAUGGACACCGUCAUUUGCCAGAUUGGCACUGGAGAGAAGCCCAGGGACGUCUCCUCUGUUGAGGUGCUGAUGAAUUACCACCAGGGCCUGAAGAGUGAGAUCGAGACCCGCAACAGGAACAUCGCCACCUGUGCGGAGCUGGGCAAGACCCUGGUGCUGAAAAAAAGCCCUGCCGCGGAGGAGAUCAAAGUCCACCUGGAGAAGCUGAUGACCAAGAAGAAAGAGAUGAUUGACAAGUGGGACCGGCACUGGGAGUGGCUGCAGCAAAUGCUGGAGGUCCACCAGUUUGCCCAGGAGGCCGUGGUGGCCGAUGCCUGGCUCAAUGCCCAGGAGCCGCUGCUGAAGAGCCGGGAGUUGGGGAACAGUGUCGACGAGGUGGAGCAGCUCAUCCGGCGCCACGAGGCCUUCCGCAAAGCGGCCGCAGCCUGGGAGGAGCGCUUCAGCUCCCUCCGGCGCCUCACCACGAUCGAGAAGCUGAAAGCCGAGCAGAGCAAGCAGCCGCCCACGCCCCUGUUGGGCCGCAAGAUCUUUGCAGACCCCACCGAGCUGAACGCCAAGCGGCAGCCGCCGCACGAGAAGGACCCGCUGCGAGGCCGGCUGGAAGCCCAGCCGCUCCUCAACGGAGCCAAGCCCGAGCCCCUCGAGCAGGUGGAGGCCAAGGUCGCUUACGUGCGCCAGGAGCUGAAGCCGGAGCGGCUGCAGCCCAGGAGGGACCGCUUGCAAGAAGGGCUGGUGGCGGCGGCAGAGGCCAAAGUCCUGGAGAAGGCCAGCCACCUGAGGGCUGCUGCGGAGGAGGCUGCCAAGCCCGAGAGGUUCUCUCCCGCCGCCCGGGCCCUGGCUGAGCAGGCUGAGGCCAAGGCGAGCCGGGGGGAGAUGCCGGCCGAGAGGCAAAGGGAGCGCCGGCUGGAGCGGCAGCACUCCACCGAGCAGGACGGGCCUCGGCCCGAGCAGACGGAGCGCAGGCGAGAAAGGCGAGAGCGGCGGCUGGAGCGGCAGGAGUCCAGCGAGCAGGAGACGCCCCGCCGGGAGAAGCAGGAGAAGCGCUUAGAGCGGCAGGAGUCCAGCGAGCAGGAGGGGCCACGCAACGAACCCAGGGGGGGCGGCAAGGCGACGUUGGCCGAUAUCGUGGAGCAGCUGCAGGAGAAAGAGUCGACGGCCCCGGCAGCAGCGCCAUCUACGCCUCGUGAAAAGGACUCCCCGGCUCGCUUGCCCAACGGCCUCGACGUGUUGCCUGACAGGACGCCCCGCCCUGACCGACCCCGCGCCCGGGACAGGCCCAAGCCUCGCCGGAGGCCCCGGCCCAGGGACCCCAAUGCCCCCCCAGGGGAGGCGCGCCGGUCACGUUCCGCCCCUGCCCAGAGCAGCACCCCACCCCCACCUCCCCCUACACACACCGUCCAGCAGGAGGGCUACCUUCUGCGCAAGCAUGAAUUGGAGGGGCCAAACAAGAAGGCCUCCAACAGGUCCUGGAUCAACCUGUACUGCGUGCUCAGCAAAGGGGAGCUGGGCUUCUACAAGGACUCCAAGGGUCGGGACUCGGGAAGCACGCAUAGCAACGAGCCGCUGCUCAGCCUGCAAAGCGCCACCAGCGAGGUGGCCAGCGACUACAAGAAGAAGAAGAACGUCCUCAAGAUCAAGAUGCAGGAUGGAGGGGAAUUCCUCUUGCAAGCCAAGGAAGAGGAGGAGAUGAAGACCUGGCUGGCGGCCCUCUCCACGGCCAUUUCAGAGCACGCCGAGAUUGUGCGGUGGAGCCAGGCCCUGCUCACCACUUCCUCGACAGACGAAGGCAACCCCAAGCGAGAGGCGGACCGCCGGGCCAGCACCUCUGGCCGGAAGAAAUGAGGCUGCCCCACAGGG